AAGGGUACCCAGACAAGGGAUUUUGACGCUGGCUCUUUUCUCAUACUUUAUAACAGUACAAAGAAAGAAAACAACCUUCCCGCCGGAGGAACCUGGUCCGUUGUGCUAGUAUCAGUAGAGGAUAUCAUCAAGAGGCGUCGUGCGUGCUGGCACGUUCAGGUAUACUACUGGGGCUGAAAUAUCGAAGGUCGCAGCAGCCUCUGAAAACGGUCCGAAAUCUGCGCCGGAACCAAGCGGAACUCAACACUUGUCACAGCGGUGCUCACCACCACGGACCGCAAACCCCUCAACUGCGGGUUGUCAGCAGUAGCUGGUGGCAUCAGCUACUGCUGUAAACCUGCAGUUCAGAAGAUUGGGUUCAGUGGCGGCGAGCACAAGCAGUACAAGACACUGGGUGUCGAUCUAACUUGCGGAGAUUUGCGGAGAUUGUGGGCCACUACAACGACACUCGAUACCACCACCACAGAAGAAGUUUUGAGCACGCCAACACACCCCCCCGCUGCUAUAGGGUGUCCUCUAGUGAUAUUGGUGUAAUGGACCAGGUUCCUAGCAACACCGGCCUUAUUUGAGCGCCUUCCGUUUGGGCUCUUUUGACUUGAAUUUAGACUAGUGUGGAUUUUUAUCUUGGUUUCAAAGGAUGCGUGUGGAGGGGGGGGGGUGUGCCGAAGGUGGGUGCAUACAUACUUCUCGGAAUCUGCAAAUUUUGCAGAGGAGAGGGUGGGCACUGUACACGUCGCGCCCCCUUGGCGGCUGCCAGGCCACGUACGUGCAGCGGGCCACGAGUUGCCUGCCGUACAGGGGGAUCAUGUCCCCGUCCAAUCCCUUAUCCCAUGGGUUGUUGAAAUGUCUUGGCAAACUUGCAGAGUUGAAAGGACGGGGUCUGAUUCUUGACCGUCACUUCGAGACGAAAAAAACACGCGUGAAGGCGGGAAACUCCGUUGCGAAGGAGCGGUGGGACGCCAUCGAGAGCGCGUGGGCGUUGAAGCAGAACGGUAUCUUCGACGAAGGAGAGUGGAUCGCGCAGGUUGAUCUUGAAAUCCAGGGCAUUACCAGCAGCACCCGCCUGUCCUUGUCAUCCCAACAAGAUGCCAGCAGCGCACGAGGUGCUGCUGCACCUUCUCAGCACCCACCUGCUGCUGCAGCGGGUACCGCGAGGAGGAAGGUGGAUCGAGGGAAGCACGCCAGGGAGAGAGCUGCGAAAGGCACUUUAGGCGGCAACAUCUGCAACGCGUUCUCGAUUGGCAGCGGCCAACCGAUUGAGCGGGUUCGUGGUGGAGUGAAAGAGUUCGUAUCCGGUAUCAGCUCCCCGCUUCCGGCCCCGGAGUCCCGCCGAUCCUGCCCUCACUGUCCCAUGACCUUCGUGAACGAACAAGGCCUUGGGAUCCACGUGAGAACGCAGCACAGCAGUGCAAACAUGUCCAACGGCGUGCGGCUGCGGCGGAUGUUACGGAAGAAUCUCGGAGGGCGUGUUCUGCCGUGGGAAGAAGCCGGGCCUGGGCGUUGUUGGCACGUGAAGGUCGAUGAUGCGACGGGGGCGGCUUCGUUUGUCCUCCAGCGGAAGCGCUUUGUCGAUCUAGACUUGGAAAGCGACGGCUUUAUGGACCACGAAACCAAGGAAACUCCCAAUGCUGUCAACCAGCUGCGCAUCCUCGAGAACAACGCCGCGGACCUCUGGAAGGAGGAGGAGCGCACGCCUCUUCAGUACUUAGUGGAUCGUCUCAAGGCCAUCGUCGCGGCGGCAGCAGACGACGUGAAGGAGAGCCUCCUCGCCAAGCAGCAGCCUAAGCGGUGGUUUCCUGAGGCAGAAAAGAGGCUUUACAAGAUGUUCGUGGAGCGGCGUAAGAGGAAGCUGAAGGUAUCGACCCUGUGGCUGACGAUCACGUUCCGGAAGCUCGUGCGAGAGACGUAUCCCGGGGACCAACGGGCGGCGGCGUUCCGCGCAUCCUUCAGGUGGGCACGAAAAUGGGCCAAGGGGCACAACCUGUCCAAACGACGUCGGACCAACCUCAAGAAGUCUGUUGAGGAGCGCCCACCAAAGAUCCAGCGCUUCCACCGACUGUUUCGCAAGCUACUGCAAGAGCCGGUACCGUACAGGGCGCCCGAUGAGUCGGACGUAUCGGCGAUUACGACGGUCGCAGAGAGGGAGUCCAGAGUUCCCAAGCAGUGCACCAUGCAAGUCAUCUUUGGUCCGGGUGAGAAGACCUUGCGAAUUUCGGUGAUUCUCCGAGGCACGAGGAAUCGGAUCUCGCCGGUGGAGAAGGCCGCGAACCACAAGGACGUGGACAAGUCCUACCGCGCAGGCCUGAUGCGCGGACGGGGUGAGCUUCCCAAGGCGAGGUCCAUUCUUAUCAUGGACAACUUGCACGCGCAGAUGACGGACGAGUUCAAGGAGUAUCUUGCGAAGGAGUGCAACACUCUCGCCUGGUAUGGCCCUUCGCAGUGCACGGACGAGGUGCAGUCAGUUGAUGCAGGAGCCGGACGAUUUAUCAAGGUGGAAGCUGGGAGGCAGAUGGACAUGCGGCCAACAGGCGUUCCGAUUCCGCCUUUCGAAAAGUGCGGGAUGGCCAUGACUGUGGACGGCUCAGGCGAUUAUCGGAUCACCUUGGAGGGUUUGGACAAGCCGUACACCUUCGCAUUCGAUGAAGACUGUAGCGAGGACGAAGAAGGUUUGGAGAACGGCAGCGAUGAGCCUGAGGGGCGGGGGAAGGAGGGCGAUGGAUGUGAGACGGUCGUGGAGGGCGCUGAUUCCAGCGAUGAUGAAGACGACGGCGACACGUCUCAAACCCAGACCGAUGAGCUAAUAGCUCUUCUCGACGAUGACGACAGCAUGGACCCACAAGACCCGGAGGACGAAACACAAGGAAUGGAGAUCCCGACAGGCUUUCGCAUUCAAGAAGUUAAACCCGUUGCUCUUGACAGAUUGCUUUUGCGACGUGGAGUACUCGUUGGGCUGGGGAUCGGGUGGUUUGGAGGGUUGAUCAUUCAGCAAUCUCAGCAGGACACUCGCCACCUGUACGACUACUGUGUGCAGCUGGAGCUAGACCAGAGUACGCGCAAGAUGAGGCUUCUCUUAGACAAGUACACCGGAGAUCUGGAUGCAACGGUAGGCUCCUGGGUUUUGCUUGAGAGCGUUAGUAGAUCGGGGAGGGUACGCAGGACCAACGUCACCCUUGUGGACCAAGAUGGUUGA